CGUGCGCCGGGACGAAACUGCGCGCAGGGCCGGAGAACCGGUCUCUGUCUGGCCGGCUCUCCGGGUGGGAUAGAUAAAGCAGAGAGCUAGGCAUGCAGGCACGCGCAGGCCUCUCUCUCUCUCUCUGCCUGCACCCACCCACCAACUCGGAUUCGGCCAGACAGGCAUAGGAAGAAGAGCAGCACCAAUUCUCACUGGGUUAAGAAGAUCAGCCCUCCCUGAAGCUAUUUUACCUGAGCGCCUUACCUAGCUGUGUUUGCAGAGUGCGCGGUUUGUUCGAGCUCCGAACAAAGCAUGCAAAACUCCUGGUCUGAAUGAUUCUUCAGGAAACCUGAAGUAAACCAUGACAGGUCUGGCUUGGAUGCCUUUUGAAUUCUUCUUACCCUUGUGUGUAAUGGACACUCUGUGAAAUAGAAAAAAUGCUGAAAAUAUUUUGGCUCCCUCCCUGUAUGGAAGACUGAAAGGAGAUUGAUGUGGUCUUAAUUGUCAAAGGAGAUCACCAGAAUCUAGCUGCAGCAAUGAGUUCAGAGGAGAAAGGUAUAUCUCCUGCUCACAAAACCUCUACACCAUCUCAUAAAAGUGCCUCUUCUUCUUCAUCCUCCCAGCGGGACAGCAGGCAGAGUGGCCAUGUGUUAGAGCGGAAUUUUUCUUCUGGAAGCACAGAUCCGGUACUUGGCAAACAGUUGCUAGAAAAUGAACCAGUAGCUGUAUCUAAAGAGCCAGACAGCUGGGAAAUUAUAGAAGGCCUCAAAAUUGGGCAGACCAAUGUCCAGAAGCCAGACAAACAUGAAGGGUUCAUGCUGAAGAAGAGGAAAUGGCCUUUGAAAGGUUGGCACAAGCGCUUUUUUGUCCUGGAUAACGGAAUGUUGAAAUAUUCAAAGUCGCCAAUUGAUACUCAGAAAGGAAAGGUUCACGGAAGCAUAGAUGUUGGCUUAUCAGUUAUGUCAAUUAAAAAGAAAGCUCGGAGGAUAGACCUUGACACUGAAGAGCAUAUUUACCAUUUGAAAGUAAAAUCCCAGGACUCGUUUGAUGCUUGGGUAUCGAGGCUGCGCCACCACAGGUUAUACCGUCAGAACGAGAUUGUACGAUCACCACGAGAUGCCGGAUUCCACAUAUUCCCUUCAGCGUCAACUACUGAAUCUUCACCAGCUGCUAACGUUGCUGCCCUGGAGGCCAAGGUCGCACAGAAUAAUUUCCCAUGGCAGCCAUCCAUUACCUGCAGCAACAGCCUCCCCGCAACAUGUACCACUGGCCAAAGUAAAGUAGUUGCUUGGUUGCAAGACUCCGAGGAGAUGGACAGGUGUGCGGAAGACCUUACGCUCUGCCAGUCAAACCUUGUGGAACUCAGUAAAAUUCUUCAAAACUUAGAAAUACUUCAGAGGACUCAGUCAGCUCCAAAUUUCACGGAUAUGCAGGCUAAUUGUGUAGAUAAGAAGGACAAGCGUGUCACAAGAAGAUGGAGAACAAAAAGCGUCAGCAAAGAUGCUAAAAUACAGCUCCAGGAAGGGACAGCACUGAAAAGCCAGUUCAGUACCGCACGGCGUCGCCAGAGACUAGCAGAUGCAGUGGCUACAACAGUUCCUUUCAGCGCUACAAUGUCUCCUGUUCGCCUGCAUUCAUCCAAUCCUAAUCUUUGUGCAGACAUCGAAUUUCAGUCUCCUCCAAGCCAUGCACCUGACCCCCUGGAAAGCUCCACGGACUACCUGAAACUCCAAGAAGAGUUUUGCCUCAUGGCACAGAAAGUACAUUCUCUUCUGAAGUCUGCCUUCAACAGCAUAGCGAUAGAGAAGGAGAAGCUUAAGCAGAUGGUUUCAGAACAUGAUUUCGCUGGACACAAUACACAGAUAACGUGUCUCAGGCAAUCCCUCUCGCAGGCUAUCAACCAGAAUGCUGAACUAAGGAGUCGCUUGAACAGAAUACAUUCAGAGUCUGUUAUUUGUGAUCAGGUUGUCAGUGUAAAUAUUAUCCCUAGUCCUGAUGAGGCAGGUGAACAGAUCCAUGUUAGUCUCCCACUCUCCCAGCAAGUUUCUAAUGAAAGCAGGCUCUCCAUGUCGGAAUCUGUCUCUGAGUUCUUCGAUGCGCAGGAGGUGCUUCUGUCUGCAAGCUCAUCAGAAAACGAGGCUUCUGAUGAUGAGUCGUACAUCAGUGACGUGAGUGACAACAUAUCAGAGGACAACACCAGUGUUGCAGACAACAUUUCUCGGCAAUUACUUAAUGAUGAGCUGACCGGUGGUGCUUUCAGAAAUGGACGAAGGACAUGCCUACCGACCCCCUGCCCUGAUACUAGUAAUAUCAACCUGUGGAACAUUUUGAGGAACAAUAUCGGGAAGGAUCUCUCGAAAGUAUCCAUGCCGGUAGAGCUAAACGAGCCUCUGAAUACAUUGCAACACCUUUGUGAGGAACUGGAAUACAGUGAACUCUUGGACAAGGCUGCUGAAUCUGAUGACCCCUACGAACGAAUGGUCCUUAUUGCUGCCUUUGCAACUUCAGGAUAUGCCUCCACUUACUACAGAGCUGGAAGCAAGCCUUUUAACCCUGUGCUUGGUGAAACUUACGAAUCGAUUAGGGAAGACAAAGGAUUUCGUUUUUUCUCGGAGCAGGUUAGCCACCACCCACCCAUUUCUGCCUGUCACUGUGAAUCAAAGAAUUUUGUGUUUUGGCAAGAUAUCAGGUGGAAAAACAAAUUCUGGGGCAAGUCAAUGGAAAUACUGCCAAUCGGGACACUGAAUGUCACGCUUCCAAAGUACGGUGAUUCCUACGUAUGGAACAAAGUCACUACUUGCAUACACAACAUCCUCAGUGGAAGGAGAUGGAUAGAACAUUAUGGAGAAAUAACCAUCAGAAACACAAAAAGCAGCGUUUGUAUUUGUAAACUCACAUUCAUCAAGGUGAAUUACUGGAAUUCGAAUGUGAAUGAAGUCCAAGGCGUUGUCAUGGACCAAGAAGGAAAGGUGGUACACCGCCUCUUUGGAAAGUGGCAUGAAGGGUUGUACUGUGGAGUUGGGCCUUCGGCAAAAUGUAUAUGGAGACCAGGCUCCAUGCCCACCAACUACGAGCGUUAUUAUGGCUUCACAAGGUUUGCCAUUGAGCUGAAUGAGUUAGAUCCUGCACUGAAAGAUCUUCUUCCAAGAACAGAUGCCCGAUUCAGGCCAGACCAAAGGCUUUUGGAAGACGGGGAUUUAGAAGCAGCAGCGUCAGAAAAACUAAGAAUAGAAGAACUCCAGAGAAGUCGAAGACGCUACUUAGAAGAAAAUAAUAUGGAACAUGUACCAAAAUUUUUUAAAAAAGUUAUCGAUGCCAAUCAAAGAGAAGCUUGGGUUUCUAACGACACGUAUUGGGAACUCCGAAAGGAUCCUGGCUUUAGUAAAGUAGAAACCCUCAAACUCUGGUAAACUGAGAAUGUAGAUCUAGUAACAUAUCACUCCUUAAAAAAAAGAAAAAGAAAAACCUUUAAAAAAACCUAUGCACAACAUGUUUCUUAUAGCUGAGGUUGGUUUGUGGGCCUGCAAGAAACCUUUCAUUUGCUUUUAUAUUCAUCUUUAUAAAUGGACUUCCAAAAGUGCAUUAGCCCAGACCCUGGACAUUUCUGCAGCUGGCAUUAAAUUAAAUGGAGGGGGAACCAACACGCCCUUUAAAUAUUGAGAUAAGGGAAAUGCAGCGCAAGAAAAGCAUGCACUGAGUUAGCCAAAGAUGCUUUCAAAGAGUAUCUGGUGCUUAAAAUAGACAACAGAAAAGAUACAAAAACAAAACAAGAUUUGUUUUAAUGGAACAUGUCUAGAAUGUCCACCCAUGCUAUUAUUAAACCUUGAGUCGCAAUACUUGUUCAUUUCUAGCUUCGGGUUAGUUUCUUGAUGUGUGAUGUGCUUGGACUGGCCACGUCGAAAAAAGGCAUAAUGCUUUUCUGGAAGCUCUCCUCAUUCAUUCGCCAUUGUUCAUGCCUUAAAAAAAACACACCAAUGUGAAGUUGUACAUUUAAGUCAUUUUAAAAUAUGUAUUCUUAGACGUUUGUCGGGGGCAGAUUUUUAAAGCGCUAGGAUUUUGUUCAUAUUAUAAAUAACGAAGAAAGUGUAUUAUUAUUAUUUAAGAGAAAAGAGAGAAACCCUAAAUGGAUUGUAAAGGAAAGUGAUCAACUAGGACAUGUUUUAACUUUGGGGGUGGGGUGGGGACUAUUGUGUGGUCAAGUUGAAAGGAGACUGGCUGGUUUUGUAACAACCUUGGCAAAUGAAGCCGAGGUCGUAUUCUCAAUGCCUAAUGCUGUGAUAAAUAUACCAUCUCUUCCCAUGGCUUCA